AGGAGGUAGAGAAAGAAGUAACUGACCAAAGUGAAAAAGAGGAACAAGGUCUAAACCACAGCAGGUUUAUAACGACAAAAUGGACAGAAGAGAGCUUAACGUACCACUCUCAAGCAGGUUUCUGGAUGGCAGGUCAUUCAACCUUCCUUUUCUUGAGUUUUCAACUGUGCUAUUAUCUUCCACUCAUUUCUGCUUCAUUUUCUGAUUCACUGACAGAAAAGAAGUUGGAGUUGAUUAAAAUCCCUCCUGACUCGGUACAAGUAUACAAUAAUGGUUGUGAUGAAAAAAGCAUCAGAUACGAGAAUCAUCUUCCAAAAUCAGCGUUCCUCAAUCUUUCCUAUAAUUGCAUUAGUACUUUGGCAGAUAAUAUUCUUUCAGAUCUGAAAGAGAAAUGUCUAAAAGAGUUUCCAAAAUUACCUUUGAACUGUACCCUACAAAUAGUUACAUCGGUCUGUACCUGUGAAUUCAUUAAGGUCAACACGCUAUUACUAAACAACACUGUUUGUGCAAAAAUGUUGAAAAGCUGUGGAAACACUUCGAGGGCCAUUUCUAUAGGAAUUGUCUUUCUUUUACUGCUGGUGAUCUGUGGAAUUGGGUGUGUUUGGCACUGGAAAUACCGUGGCACAACACAAUUUACCUUACCGAAGUUUUUGCGAAGGAGAAGCAGCAGGAGAAAAGACUAUACUAAAACACUCUCCUUGAAUCCCCAUGUUAUCAGCUCAAGGCAUAAAAUCUCAGUUCAAACCCAAGACUAUAGAUCUGCUGCAGGGGGGACUGACAUACAAGACAUCUAUGAAAAUCUGGAAGCAGGUCCUCCCAAAGCUAAAGAAGAAACUGAUAAGGAACUGUACGAGAACACCCAGCAGCCCUAUUUCAAGGAUCAUAUCUAUGGAAAUAAGACAUCUGACUAUUGCAACUUCCAGAAGCCUUGUACUUCUGAAGUCCCUCAAGAUGAAGAUAUAUAUAUUCUUCCUGAUGCAUAUUAACUUUUAAAAUACUAGGCUGAGUUAUUGGAGAAUAAAUAUUCACUGGUAAAAAAAAUAUUCACUUUUAUUUUACUGAUGUCAUUACUAAUCAAGUUCUGAUGAAAUUCAGUGAUGUCUCGUCCAUCACCACCCUUCUGAAUCCUCUGUAUGUGAAUCACUGUGGAUUAAUUCUAAAUGUCCUCUCCAUCAUCCUUGCCCUGGAUUAACUACGCAUUGUGUUAUAUUGAUUCUUCCUUCCAAUGGUACCUGUUACCUUUUUAUUUCUAUUUCCACCAUCUUUUUCUGGCUCAGGAUGAUUGCCACACUUUCCUAUUGUUAGUCUUUCUGACUCUAGUUUCCACACCCUCAACAGUUCCCCAUGAUUAUUUUCAGAAAAUCUUUCCAAUGGCUAUAUCACUCCUUUGCCUAAAACCUUCUCUUUGCAAAAAACAUAACGCUCUUAAUUCUAAGUCCAAAAUUCUUGAUUUUACACAAUUGGUUCCAACUUACUUUUCCAGUGGCUUCUACUAAUCCCUCCCUUCUCUACUUUCAUCAGAAUUAUCUCAGAACUUGCCAAACUCCCCCCUCCUCCCCAGCUUCUCUUGUCUGCCCCCUCUCCAUCCUGCCUCUGAUCAUAACUUCUGUAAGUCUCCUGAAUCAUUCCAAACCUACAUUUACCUUUUCCCCCCUGAUCCCCUGUAGAUUUUACUGCCUGUUCAAUUCUUUGAUCAUUUAAGCAUGUGAAUGUUUGCUGUGACAUUUUAUUAUUUAAAUAUGUAAUAUGAGAAUGUCUUAAAUUCCCUACUAAGAGUAAGGAACUCCCUCAUAUUCACAUUUUAGCUCCAAUGUCUUGACCAUCAUAUGAGGCACUCAUUAUUGUUCAAUUGACAAGAAUCGAAUUGUACAUUUUUCUAAGUAGUUUUGAAUAAAAUCUAAUACAUUUAC